AUGGUUCUGGACAUUAACCUCUUCCGUGUUUCAAAGGGUGGAAAUCCUGAGAAAGUCAAGGAGUCUCAGAGACGGCGCUACGCCUCGACUGAGAUCGUUGACAAGGUCAUAGAGUUGGACAAGGCCUGGGUCUCUAAAGACUAUGAGGCCAGUCAGCUAAGCAAAGAGCUUAACCAGCUGAACAAGGAUUUUGGUGCUGCGAUGAAGGCAAAGAGCCCUACCGACGAGCUAUCCAAGAAAAUUGCCGCCAAUAAGCAAGAGACAGAAAGGGUCAAGAAGGAAGUCGGGCAGUUGCUUGCCGAGCGUAAUGCGGUGCUGAACACCAUAGGCAACAUCGUCUGCGACGCAGUCGUAGUUGACAAUAAUGAGGAUAAUAAUAAGGUCGUUUACACUAACGAUGCUGUCGUUAGGGCCAACCCUUCUCCCAAUGGCGUCGAAAAGACCCUCAACCACGUAACUCUCAUGACCAAUUGCCGAAUGAUGGACUGCCCGAGAGGGGUCAAGAUAUCUGGCAACAGAGGAUAUUUCCUGACCGGGUACGGGGCGCUUCUCAACCAGGCCCUCAUCCAGUAUGCCCUUAAGUUUCUUACGGACAGGGGAUACCAGGCUAUGCAAACGCCAUUUUUCAUGGAGCAAGAGGCGAUGUCAUGUUGCUGCCAGCUCGAGGACUUCGACGAGCAGCUGUAUAAGGUCUCGGGUGAGGGGAAUGACAAAUACCUCAUCGCAACCUCCGAACAGCCCCUUUGCGCAUACCACAUGGGGGAGAUUAUCAACUUUUCAAAACAAGGCCAGAUAGCAGAGCUAACGUACAACUCUAUCAAAACAGGGAAACAGGAAAAGAAGACCCUCGAGUGCAUCAGGUAUGCAGGAAUGUCCACUUGUUUCCGUAAAGAGGUCGGGAGGCACGGGCAUGACACCCUUGGAAUUUUCCGCAUACACCAGUUUGAGAAGAUUGAGCAGAUUGUCGUGUGUAAGGAGGAGGACAGCUGGGAUAUGAUGGAAUACAUGAUUGAUAACUGUCGCGCAUUCUUUGACUCGCUUAUGAUCCCUUACAGAGUUGUCAUCAUUGUCUCUGGCGCCUUGAACAAUGCGGCAGCGAUGAAAUAUGACCUUGAGGCCUACUUCCCGGGUUCAAAUACGUACAGGGAAUUAGUUUCCUGCAGUAAUUGUACCGACUAUCAGAGCCGCUCCUUAGACAUCAAGUACCAGGACGGGAAGGACAAGAAGUAUGUUCACUUGCUAAACAGCACACUAAGUGCUACAGAAAGAACGCUUUGCUGCUUGGUUGAAAAUUAUCAGACUCCAACAGGAAUAAAGGUUCCGGUACCUCUCCAGAGCUACGUUGGAGCGGAUUUCCUGCCAUUCUAUGUUUGA